GCGGGAGUGCCCACCGCCAUGUUGGUGGUCACUUUGGAACUUCCGCCUGCCUCAUCAUGUCGCCUUCCAACCACGAGCCAUCUACUACCGUCGUGGACUUGACAGAGCACAAGAUCCGCGAGCUGAAUGGCGAACUCGCGCCCGAGCCGUUCCUUGUCGAGAACCCCAACCGGUUCGUGUUGUUCCCGAUCCAGCAUGCGGACGUGUGGGAAAUGUACAAGAAAGCCGAGGCGAGCUUCUGGACUGCCGAGGAACUCGACUUGGUGCACGAUCAGCGCGACUGGAUCAAGUUGUCGGACAACGAGCGCUUCUUCAUCACGCACGUGCUGGCGUUCUUUGCUGCGAGCGACGGCAUCGUCAACGAAAACCUGGCCAUGAACUUUAGCAAUGAAGUGCAAGUCCCCGAGGCGCGAUGCUUUUAUGGGUUCCAAAUCGCCAUCGAAAACAUCCACUCGGAAGUGUACUCGCUCCUCAUCGACACAUACAUCAAGGACCCGACCGAGAAGGACCGCGUGCUGCGCGCCAUCGAAACCAUUCCGUGCGUCAUGCGCAAGGCCAACUGGGCGCUCAAGUGGUGCGACAACAAGCGCGCCGCGUACGCCGAGCGCAUCGUCGCGUUCGCCGCCGUGGAAGGCAUCUUCUUCUCCGGUUCGUUCUGCUCCAUCUUUUGGCUCAAGAAGCGCGGGCUCAUGCCGGGCCUGUCGUUCUCGAACGAACUCAUCUCGCGCGACGAAGGCCUGCACUGCGACUUUGCAUGCUUGAUGUACUCGAAGCUCGUCAACAAGCUGUCGGACACGCGCAUCCACGAGAUUGUCGGCGAUGCCGUUGAGAUCGAGAAGCAGUUUGUGAGCGAGAGCUUGCCCGUGGAACUCAUUGGCAUGAACUCGGCGCUCAUGUGCGAAUACAUUGAGUUCUGCGCCGAUCGCCUCCUCGAAUCGCUUGGCGCCCCCAAGCUCUUUGCGGCCAAGAACCCCUUUGACUGGAUGGACAUGAUCUCAUUGCAAGGCAAAACCAACUUUUUCGAGAAGCGCGUGGGCGAGUACUCCAAGUCGGGCGUUGGCGUCAACGUCAGCGAGCAAACGUUUACGCUGGACGCCGACUUUUGAGUUACCCCGUCGUGUGUCUGUGUGUAUCUUAAUCUAUCAACUUUUCAUAUCAUUCAGCACGCGAAUGUGUGGCUAGUUGCUUCCCCCAACUCAUGGAGCGACUCUAAUCUACCCUAGUACAUUCAGGGAAUUCCCCAAUGGAGAUUCCAUAGCCACCACAUGCAUGCUCGUUGUGUGACCUCCCCUACAAUACAACUUAGCUGUACUGUACUAGUACCUUCGAAUAUGAGACUACAUAUAAGUUAAACACUG